AUGCGCCUGUCACUCCUUUCACUCCUCCUAACCACCGCCAUCUCCUCGUGGGUGUGCGGUGCGUCGACCCUCACUGCGCGGCAAUGCUACACCGAGCUCGAGUGCAGCUCGUUCGACGCCAGCCUCGAUGCGCGGAGCGCUGCCCCAGCGCCCUCUUCCUCCGGCUUCAUGUUCCAUCGGAAAGAGCUCACGCACGGCGAGCGAAUUGCUCGAGGACUCACCAUGAGGGCUAUAUCUGCCCACUCUCAGUACCGCUCGAACGUCGCUCGCGCUGAAACGUCCUCAGUCCCCAAGGUCACUUACCGCGGAACGAUCGAAGUGAAGCGCCAGGAUAAUGGGGAGUCGUUGGGUUACGUCUCGGCGAGCACUUUUAACGGCGCGCAGUACCGAUACCAGGCUCAGGCAAGCGCGCUUAUCGUCACCGUGGAUCUGCCGGCUGGACAGACAUCAGGAGAGGGCCUCACUUUGACUACUGAGAACUCUGACACCGGGUUCCCUCUGCUGGGGUUGGUCCAAGGAAGGGACAACACGAACACUGAUAUAGCAUCAGGCUCAUACCAUUACUUGUACCUCGGCGGAGUCUCCAGCCCCGGAACACCUCCGGAUUCUGCUCCCAUGACCAUCGCGAAUUCCUACACGUCCGCCUCUGGCCUUUCCCGAGCGUCUGAAACCAGCGUCUGGAACCUCGACCUUGCAACCGGUGCCCUCAGCGCCCAGUGGACUAACACGGACCUAUCCCAGCCAGAGAUGCAAUAUUGGACGCAGGGCACCGCGCUGUACAGUGGUGCCGACGCCGCGGCAUUCAGCUCCAGAUACCCUUCGCCUAUCAUCCGUCUUACCUACGUUUUCCAUAUUCUCCCUUAG